GCGCGUGCGCUUUUUGCUCGUGGCUCAGCGGCCGGCGCAGGCACCGCACCGGGAUCGAUCCUUAUUGUAUUUUAUUCUGUUCUUUGCGCUCGCUCUCGGCGAUCGUCUCUCCGACACAACACUCAUUUUUUCUAACGAGCCCGUUACAUCUCCGUUUUUAAGCUAUGCCAAUAUGAUAACUCUACACCAUAGCCCUCCGGCGAAGUUUUUUGAUGUUUUGUUUUGUUCUGUGAACGUGUGUUUGAAUAAAUAGUUUUAUUUACAUAAUUUAUUGAAUAAUAAGUUACGGAAACCGGCAAACAUUAUGCAUAUCGAUUAUUUUGUGAUUUUUAUUUUUCUUUUCAAUUUUAUUUAUCUUGCCAAUGGAGCUGCGCCCGAUUUAAAGGCCACCUCACAAAACAAUGGGACGUGCUACAUCCGCGUGUCGACCUGCGAAGCCAAUGUGGCCAGCAACAAGAGGCCGGUCUGCGGGACUGACGGCAGAACGUACGCCUCGCGAUGUGCGCUGCUGAAGGUGCAGUGCGCGGGCGAACCCGUGACGAUCGCGCACAAAGGGGCUUGUGUUGAAGGCCCAUCCUCGUGUGUCUUCGCGUUGCGUUACGCGUUGAACGCACCAGCCGAUCGGCGAGCACCCUUCGUGCCCAGGUGUCGGGCUGACGGCACCUACGCGGCGGUGCAGUGCGCCCCCGCCGGCGCUGCAGCCGGCUGCUGGUGCGUCUCCCCUGAUGGGAAACCCCUUCCGUACACCGUCGUCAGGAAUGGCAGGCCGGACUGCACUAGAACGGGUAAAUCCCACACAAGACGGCGUUCCUCGGUACGAGGUCAACGGAAUAAAAGAAGUUGUACCAGAACUGAUCGCGCCUUGUUCAACGGGAAUCUGAUAAAGAUCUUCAGCGGGGAGUACGAGCGGGCGAGGCCUGGCACCACCGGAUCCGAACCGAGGGAAGUCGCCGACUGGAAGUUCCGAGAGCUAGACCGGGACAAGAGUGAUGCCCUGCAGAAGUCCGAGUAUAGAGGCCUGAGGCGUCUCAUCAAAAAGGUAGUGAAACCGAAGCGCUGCGCCCGCGCUUGGGCGCGCGGUUGCGACGGCGACGGCGACGGGGAGAUCGCGCACGAGGAGUGGGUCGCUUGCUUGUUGGCUACCCCCGAGCCGCCUGCACCGGACUUCUCUCUCCGUUUCUUCAUGUCGUUGAACGCAGACGAGGACAGCGGUCCCGAAGCGGAGCCCGACUAUAACGAGGAAGAACCGCCGCCAGACCCCAGCGCAGUGUUGCCAGGCAUUGUGAGGAACUCUUUCGCCCCGGACGGGCCUGACGCGGAGGCGAGGCGCGAAGACGAAGUCAACGACUGCAUCACCGACCGCCAGGCUGUUUUGGAUGAACAGAAAGCGGGCGGAGCGGUUCUCUACGUGCCGGAAUGUACUGGUGACGGUCGGUACGCCCGUGCCCAGUGCUACCGGUCCACUGGCUACUGCUGGUGCGUCCACCAGGACACUGGCAAGCCGAUCCCGGGGUCUUCGGUGAAGGACCGCAGGCCGGACUGCGAUGCCACACCGCAACACGUCAGCCCCAUGAGAGGAUGUCCUGAAAAGACGAAGUUUCUACGCGACCUGCGGAGUUUUUUCACUACCAAGAUGACAGCUUCUACCAACGGAACAGGCCCAGGGGAAAUGGUGAAGUGGGGUGCCUCAAUCGAAGAGCAGGCUGCAACAUGGACCUUCGUGAUGCUAGACAAGGACAAAAACAAGGCUCUGGAGAGGCGAGAGUGGAAGGCCUUCCACCAGCUCAUAUCCAACGUGGACCAGUUGAGGCGCUGCGGCCGCAAGCUGCCACGAUACUGCGACGUGAACCACGACACCAAGAUCAGCAUCACAGAGUGGAUGGCUUGUUUGGAGGUCACGCAGGCUGCACAGGGGCACACGACUGAAGCGACGAAGCCGCCAACCAAUCCAAGAAGGAAAGGCCCCAACCCGCUAGAAUCAAUCCUAAAGGCUGAUGAUUAACCAGUGCAUCUAGACAGUAUAACACUCGUAAUAAAUAUCGAUUCGAUUGAUGAAAUGAAUCGAAUGUUACAUUGUCUACAGGCACAGUUCUCUGCCAAAAUGAAUUCAACAAAAACUUAAUCGUGCCAGUGUUAGUGUUUACGAAUGGUAGUGAAUGUGUAUAUUAAAAGAUUGUGUGACACUGAAUGAUUUAUCAUCAACAUACUGAUGUUUUAUUGAGUAUCUAUAAGAUUCUCGCAUUUCUCGGAGAAGUAUUGGCUUAGUAUUUGCUAAUCGACCAUCCGGGCUUACUAGUCUUACGCUGUAUCUCAUUUAUAACUUUAGGGCAACUUCUUAUUUCUGUGUUUUAAUUUUGGCAUAAAAUUCUUUAAAUAUUACUAUGAUAAAAAUAUUUACCUGAAAUGUUUGCUUAAUGUUCUAUUUUACAUUACAAUAAAAUUAGCUGUAAUACUUUACCAUUUGUUCGACAACAAAUUCAUGAGUGGUCCUAAACCGUGAUUGUUCUUGAAUAUAAUGUAUAUUUUAAUCACAAUACUGUUAUGUGAUAUGAAUUGUGUAUUCUUGAGGACAUAUUUAUGCUCUCUCUAAUCAACAAAUAUUUGUACAAGUGAUUUUUAUGAGCUGUACAAGAGUAACUUUCGCUGUGUAAGCCAAUCAUUGUACGUUAGAUCAAAUAAAUGGUUUUGCGAAAGCUAGUGACACUUUAAUUAUGUAUGUUUUGUAUUUAUAUGUGGUUCCUUAAACAUCCAGUAAUUUCGCAUAUUUGAGAUCGUUAAGAUUUCUAAUAUCACGUGAAGUAUAUGCAAUUUCGUAUUGGCUUAAUCCAAUCUUGUACCGGGUAUUGUGUAUUCUAUUGUCUAAAGUUGUUCUUUCGUUUGUAAGUUGAAAACGCAAGUAUUAUCCUGCCGUGUAAAUAAGUGAAAAUCAAUUGAUUGAGGUAAUAUAGCUUAAAACUUUUAUUCAUAUAUUUAUAUAAAAAUAGUUAAAAGGUAGUACCUAUUGGGACGCUAAAGUAAUUAUAAUUUAUCGGUCGAAGUAUAAACGAAUCAUUUGAAUGUUAGGCGUAUUUUUAACUGUAUUUUAUGUAGUAUAAUGUUAAAUAUAUUAUGUAGUUUCUACAUAGCUGACGCGAAUGUAUUGUUAUGUUUUAUACAUACAGUCAAGCUGACAUCAACCAACGUCAUAUUUGUUACAAAUUGUGUUAUGUUGAUGUCCAAACGUUUAUUAAAAUAUCGAAAAUGAAUCGCUGAAUCGCAAAUAGAAUAUUCAAAGGGGAAUACGAAAAUACAUCUGUAUUAUAAUGUGUAAAUCUUGAAAUGUUAUAUUUUAAAGGAAUAAAAAUUGUCUAUAAAAAUAAUGAUCUCUUUGGUGGUAAAUUGAAAAUGGUGGAUAAUUUAUGUAGUUUUGUGUUCCCCUUGUGUAUAUUCUAA